GAAGGCGUCUCCUCCCCGGGCUCAGUUCUCCGGUUGGCACCGAUCAGACUUCACCUUCCUCCGGCUGCUCGUCUCUACUCAAGUCGCUGAACUCGGACCGGAACCAGCCUCUAAGAUGUCUCAGAAGAUCAAGUCCGGCUCCGUGGUGGAGAUGCAGGGAGACGAGAUGACUCGGGUCAUCUGGGAGCUCAUCAAGGAGAAGCUCAUCUUCCCCUACCUGGAGCUGGACCUGCACAGCUACGACCUCGGCAUGGAGAACCGCGACGCCACCGACGACAAGGUGACGGUGGACGCCGCCGAGGCCGUGCAGCGCUACAACGUGGGCAUCAAGUGCGCCACCAUCACGCCGGACGAGAACCGCGUGGAGGAGUUCAAGCUCAAGCAGAUGUGGCGCUCGCCCAACGGCACCAUCCGUAACAUCCUGGGGGGCACGGUGUUCCGAGAGGCCAUCAUCUGCAAGAACAUCCCCCGCCUGGUGCCCGGCUGGACCAAGCCCAUCAUCAUCGGGAGACACGCCCACGGAGACCAGUACAAAGCCACAGACUUCGUGGUGCCCGGGCCGGGGAAAGUGGAGAUGACCUACACGCCCACGAGCGGAGAGCCGGUGAAAUAUCUGGUUCAUCAAUUUGAGGGCACCGGCGGCGUGGCUCUGGCGAUGUACAACACCGACAAAUCCAUCAAGGACUUUGCCCACUGCUCGUUCCAGAUGGCUCUGACCAAAGGCUGGGUUCUGUACCUCAGCACCAAGAACACCAUCCUGAAGAAGUACGACGGGCGCUUCAAGGACAUCUUCCAGGAGAUCUACGAGAAGGAGUAUCGAGCUCAGUUUGAGGCCAAAAGCAUCUGGUACGAGCACCGGCUGAUCGACGACAUGGUGGCUCAGGCCAUGAAGUCCGACGGAGGCUUCAUCUGGGCGUGCAAGAACUACGAUGGAGACGUGCAGUCGGACUCGGUGGCUCAAGGCUACGGCUCCCUGGGCAUGAUGACCAGCGUGCUGAUCUGUCCCGACGGACGCACGGUGGAGUCCGAGGCCGCCCACGGCACCGUGACCCGCCACUACAGGCAGCACCAGCAGGGGAAGGAGACCUCCACCAAUCCCAUCGCUUCCAUCUUCGCCUGGUCCCGGGGUCUCCUCCACCGGGCGAAGCUGGACGACAACACGGAGCUGCGAGUGUUCUCCGAGGCGCUGGAGGCCGUCUGCAUCGAGACCAUCGAGGCCGGGUUCAUGACCAAGGACUUGGCGAUCUGCAUCAAAGGACUCCCCAAUUUGAAACGCGCUGACUACUUGAACACUUUCGAGUUCCUGGACAAACUGGCAGAGAACCUGAAGAUGAAGAUGAGCAACCAACCCAAACUGUGAUCGCACAACCUCCUGCGACUCUGCAGCUCAAACACAAACACAAACACAUGAAAUAAAACACACAUCCUCACGCACACAGACGAUCACGCAGCCGCUGCAGUCACCACCGGAGAGGGGAGGAGCCAGCGCAGGACGCCAGGACAUCGAGUCAUUCCUUAACUUAGGGUCCAACUAACCCGGGGGUCUUCGUCCUGAAGCAAGACGAGUCCCUGUUAAUGUAACACAAGUAGACAAAAAGCCGCACUGAGGCGGUGAUAACACAACUCAAACAUUAAUCCAGUCCACGAAUGAAGCUGGACACAUGACCUUGUUUACACUAAUUACACUCGGCCCCCGGCAGCGAGCGUCUCUUUGUUGAUCUGUGCGAGCCCCCGCCCCCCGGACCCUCGCUGCCUUAUUCCUGUCAAGGUCACAGGUUUGAUUCCCGUCUCCAGGCGUAGAGGCCGUGCACACAAAGACAUUUUACUGUUAAACAUCAUCAGACAGAUAAGAUAUGAAACUGACGCUGUCGUUGGUAUUAAUCACACAGAGGCUCGGACCCUUCAGACCAUGUGACCUGCUUUUAGAUUCUAGACUCACUCAUUAACUUGACCAGUCACAGUAGGUGUAUGAAGUGUAUUUAUUUUGUACUUCUGUUGUGUGUGUGUGUGUCUGUUAAUCUCCACUUUGUCAUCAAGUCCUGACGCAACACGUGGGUUUGUAAUCAUCACUUUACUCGUUGGUUCCCUGUGUGAAACCAUGACUCAUCAUAAUAAAUGAGGUUUUGAGGAAA